AUGUCCGACACCGAGUCGCAAUCCGAGGCGUCUGGGCCCACCUCCGACGAGCUCAUCGAGCGGGUCAGCGCCAUCAUCCGAGAGGCAAAGGCCGACGGCACUUUCAGCGAAAUGACCAAGCGCACGGUGCGCGAAAAGGUGCAGGAAUUCUACGGCGUCGACCUCCGCAGCAGGAAGAAGUGGCUCAACGACGUCAUCCAGAACAAGGUGGACGAGAUCGAAUCCUCCCCUCCCGUAUCUCCCUCGGGCAAGAAGAGAAAGAAGGCCGCACCCCCGGCCGUGGGAGCGAAAGAGGACGCUCCGUCAGAGGCAGCUGCUAGUCGCGCCACCAAGAAGCAAAAGCUCGCCGACGAAGACGACGACGACGACGACGAAGUGCAGGACGACGAGCAGGGACGGGAGGAGGACGGGAGCGACGCAGGCGAUAGCGAAGCUGGCAACCGCCAUGACGGCACAAAGGACGCAUCCGACAUCGAGGCAAAUGCGAUCGGGAAGCUGUCCGACUUCUCGGAGCUCGAGGACGACGCGCCGACGCGGCACCGUUCCACGUCGCCCACGAAAAAGAAGAAGAGGGCAUCGGCCAGCGGCACCAGGCCGAGCACGGGUAGCAAAAAGGCCGGCGGCGGCGGCAAGGCGGCGGGAGGAGGCGCGGGUUCCGGGGAUGCGGCGACGGAGCGCCUCGCGCGGCUCAAGUCGAUUGUCGCCGCUGCAGGCGUGCGCAAGCCGUGGAAGAAGCUCUAUGCCAACGCCGACGUCGCCGACGACGACACCGAGGGGCAAUGCAGGAUCGUCCAGGACGUGAUGCGCGAGAUUGGCAUCACGGGACGAGGCUCGAUAGCAGAGGCCAAGCGGAUCCGGGCCGAGCGCGAGUUCCAGGACGAGGUGGCGGCGCUGCAAGAGGCCCAGGUGGUCGACUCGGCCCGGGGCAGGAGGGCAAGUCGAUCCAACCACGGUGCCGCCUCCGCAAAGUCUGUGGCCGCUCGACGCAGCAGCACAGCUGGCGACGAUGAGUCGGAAGGCGAGAGCGAAGAGGACGAGGGUCCGAGCAGCCGAAAGUCGUUCAAGAACUCGCUCGCCAGCUUCGCGGCUGGCCUCAACUCUGACGACUCCGACUGA